AUGAAUGGAUACCCUGCACCCAUGACCCGGGGGGCCAACUUUACCCUCAUGUUCCUGGUCAACCAAGAUUCAUAUUCGGUUAGGAGACUUAUCACUUUUUUUUUUUUACUGUGGACUUAUUGAAUUGAAUCUUAUCUCUAUUCGAGAGCAAAACAUAUUCAAACCCUUAUUCAUUAUUUUUCCUCCAUGUGCCAUUGAUUUCUUGUCUCUCCUAAAUCCUGUCUUAUCCCAGAUGAUUGUGAGUGGUGCCCACUUCAUGGAGUACCUGCACCGGCUGUCAUUCUCCAGAGUGGACACCAUCUCCGUGGAUGGGGGAGUGGAGAUCCAAUCCAUUGCCUUCUCCAACCCUGCAGUGACAGUGAGUAUCUGACAGGUCCUCCGUUUGGGAGAAUACAGUACACCUUUGCGUUCCAAAGGAUCAACCUUGAACAAGGACAUAUUUGCUUAUCUUGGCCAGUUGUUUGGAAUGCCACCCAGUUGGCAAAACAGGUUGCAACUUGCAAUUGUCAUGGUCGGAGUGUAUAAUGAUUGUAAGGAUGUUUUGGACAUCUUUUUAGCAUCCAAAAAAGUAGUUCCCUCAGUUCCUACUUUAAUAAAUUAAAUAAAUAGUAUUCAGACUUACAUGUGUUAACCAAGAGAGUCUGUCCAUAUCCUACACAGCAAAAUUUAAUGUGAUGUAUUUUAUUUUCUCCAGUUACCUCCUCCCCAACCAGGAUAUCCUGGCCAUCCACACAGUGUGAGUAUUCUCCAUAUGACAGACAUACUGAUCAAUAGGAUUCUUAGUUAUAGAAAUGUUUUUGGUAUUUGGAGUUACAUAAGGCCAGCAGUUGUAUGGAAACACUUGUAAUUAGUAGUAAGCACAUUACUACAUAUCUGUGUCCUCACAAAACAGUAGCAUAGGCCAUAACCCAAGAUAGACAUUUUGUUUACAGGGUCAACGGAACCGAAAUAGAUCUCGUCAAAGUAAAUCAGGUCCCAAAACUCCUCCUCAAUUGUGUAAUGCCACACAGGUAGAUUAUAGCAUGCUGGGUUGGAGGCUAAUUUGGUGUAUUGAGAUUUUUUUUCUGGUGGUGGGUGUUUUUACAUUUACAUUUUAGUCAUUUAGCAGACGCUCUUAGUGAGUGCAUACCAUUUUUUUUUUUUUAUGUUCAUACUGGCCCCCCGUGGGAAACGAACCCACAACCCUGGCGUUGCAAGCGCCAUGCUCUACCAACUGAGCUACACGGGACCAUAAAAUGACUGCAUUUCAUUCCAUUCAGUCAAUGUUAGCUUUGAGGGAUGAUCUCCUUGUUUUAAUGCUUUCCUUGUUUAAUUUGAUACUUGUUUGACAGCUGUUUGUCUGUUUUGUAGGCUUUCUCGGCUGCAUUUUGUGCCCCAGGAUUUGUUCAGGUGCGUUGCAUUCAAAUGAAUCAACUUUUUAGAGUUCAGAAUUUGUAGAGUAGAGGCCAACAUCAGGAAUUUGAUUGGAGUUGUAUCAUUGAUCUAUAUAAAUGAAUAAAGCUGAAAUGAAAAUGAAGCUCUGACAAGGUUAAAGUAGUUUAGAGACUGUACUGAAAGGUGCUAUUCUUCAGAUGGUAAUGUACAGUGUUUAUUUUAUAGACACCCCUUCCAUACACCCCCCAGCCAUCCUUCGUAAGUACCCCUUCUUUAACCUACAGACUUAAGUGCAGACUGAACAAUUACAUUAAUUUAUGUAGUAUCGAUACAGAUUGUUAGGGUGAUAUGGUGAUGUUAUGGAUCCUCUGUUCUCAGGUUGUGCCUUAUAAAAACAUAAUGGCAGUUGGACUUUACCAAGGCAAAAACAUCAUCAUCCAGGGUGUGGUCAACCACAACGCUGAUAAGUAAGUAACACUUACUCAUUUAAACACAUCUUGCAUCAUUAAUUUGCUUGUCACCUGCUAUGGGUCAAAGUUGGUACUAUGAAUCGUGUACCUGUACAUUACAGACAAUACAGAUAGAUAAUAAGGAAAUAGGUCCUUUUUAGAUUUGUCUGUCGCCCUCCAAAUUAUUUGUAUAAUUUUUCUUUCACGAUUGUGUAACACUCACCACCAGCAAUGUUCUCCCUCUAUAGAAACAGAACAUUACAGAGCUAUACAGUACUAUGUCAUUCCUUCAGCAUAUCAAUGGCCGACAUAGGUAAGGGUGAUACUCGUUGUAGGCUUACCUUUGACCACUCUUUCCUGUAUCUACCACAGAGCGUUAAUUUAUUUAGUAAACUAACCUGACAUUCCUGGUCAAGCCUUAUAACCAUGAUCAUGGUCUUUAUGGUUCCAGGUUCUGUGUCAACCUGCGUUUCAACUCGGGGGUGGCGCUCCACUUCAACCCCAGGUUUAAUGAGAACGUUGUAGUGCGUAAUAGUCUGCUGAAGGAACAGUGGGGUCCAGAGGAGAGGACAGGGGCAUGCCCUUCUACAGAGGCCAGCCUUUUACGGUAUAAACUACAUUAUACCUGAUUGUAUACUGUAGUAUGGAAGCUAGCUAUAUUUUAACGUUUAUUUGGGAUUUUUGACUUUUUGUGCAUUGACAACAAUUUGAGCUAAAAUUAGUUCUGAAUGUGUUUUAGCUGCAAUGGUACCGUAUUCUUUUCCUUGGAUAAACUCAGCACUCAUGUCAGGUUCUGUGUUUCAGGUCACCAUUAUGUGUGACACCAAGUGCUACAGGGUGAUGGUGAACGGAGCCCAGAUGUUCAGCUACAACCACCGCCACUUCCUGCUCCAGCAGAUAGAUAUCCUGGAGGUGGAAGGGGACGUGAGCCUGUCCUCUGUGCUGGUCUAA